GAUGUGUGUGGUUUGGAACACAUGUGCAGGCUACCAGAGAAAGCAAAACAAAUGCUACAAAUUGCAUAAGACAAUAUAAUAAUAUGCAAUAAUGAUGACUGCAUAUUAUUAAUUAAUAUUAUAAUACUAAACCGCAACUUUAUAAUAUAUAACAGCUGUUAAUUAUGCUUAUUUCUACUAGUAGUUCUAUAGGAUAAUAACAGUGGUUGUCAUUGACUGUUGUGGUUGCCAGGAAUGGACGGGGUCCGGUGGGCGUUCCGCUGCGGUUCGUGGGUACCGACCCGUUCCGAGUGGACCCUGGCGGCCCGGUGCGUUCAGCAGGAGGAGAAAGACCGGAUCGCGCAGUUCGUGUUCGCCAAAGAUGCCAAAUCCGCCAUGGCCGGUCGUCUGCUGAUCAGAAAGCUGGUGUGUGAGAAGAUGGGUUUUGCAUGGGACGGGUUUCGGCUGGAAAGAACAGCGCGGGGGAAACCGUUCCUGCCACGGACCUCAUCCACCGCCGUCACCCACUGGAACUUCAACGUGUCCCAUCAGGGAGAUUAUGCCGUGCUGGCAGCAGAACCGGGACGCCAGGUGGGCGUAGACGUGAUGAAGACCAGCAGACCAGGCAGUAGCUCCGUACAGGAGUUUUUCCGGAUCAUGAAUCGUCAGUUCACGGAUCUGGAGUGGACAAAUAUCCGGACGGCCGGAUCAGACUGGGACCAACUGGACAUGUUUUAUAGGCACUGGGCGCUGAAGGAGAGCUUCAUCAAAGCGAUUGGCACAGGGCUGGGCUUCGACCUGCAGAGGGCGGAGUUUCACAUCUCGCCCAAUCAGAUGCGCGAGGGGCAAGUGUACCGGCAGACACAGAUGUACCUGGACAAUGAAGGAGAGGACUGGACAUUUGAGGAGAGCUUAUUGGACAAAGAUCAUCACGUCGCUGUGGCGCUGGGAAAACCCGAAAUCAGCACAUCCGAAGAGGACGGUGGGACUGUUUGUGAAGCUCCGCCCCUUUCGUUCACACUGUUGAGUUUCAGUGAUCUGGUGUCUAAAGCCACGCCCCUUCUAGAGGAAGACCCCGCCUACUGGGAGAGAUUUCAGAGCAAAAAGGAAGCACCUUUAAGACAAAAUCGAUAUCAUCAAACUGAUUUGUUUAGGAAGGCACAAACCAGCUAUUGAUGAUGUUUGUGCAGCUGUUUUCCCUCCAAAAUGAUGUCACUUCCUGGAGGAUAAUGUCAUCAAGGAACAGGCUUCAGUUAGUUAAUGGGAUAUAAACUGUGAGUUUUAUUAUACAGUAUGACAUAUCUGAUGGGAAUGUGAAAAUGUACUGCAUAGGAAUGAUCCAUUUAUGUAAGAGAUAAGUUUAUUUUCCCAACCUACACCUCCUAAAGUCUCUCUCUCUCUCUCUCUCUCUCUCUCUCUCUCUCGUUCCCUCCAUCUGCCACUGUCUAUUUUUAUCAGCAGACAUUCAGCAGGCCAUUAGCUCGGUGUGUUUGGAAGGUCCUGCUUUUAACAAAUCGCUGCUGUUCGGAUGCAGGUAUGCGUUUCCGCUCCUGCUGUUUCCGCUCUUGUGCCGUUAUUUUAUUUGUGCGGUAAAGUCCCGCCCCUCGCGCUGAUUGACCGGAGCUGCAGCCACACAGCUUGUGAGUUACUGAGCCUGUCCAAACUCAUACAGUAGAGGUUAAAAGAGCAAAGUCUAUUACAGCAAAGCAGAACGGUCGAGGAUGAACUCAUCGGAAACGCAGAUGGGAUCCGAUUUAGAUAAAACUCUAGUACCCACGUGUAAUUACAUUUUUUUCUAAAGUAGGAAAAUAGAGACUAAGCAGACUGUUAAGUGAUGUACAUUUCAAAUUGAAAUUUUAAUAUAAAUGAGUUUUCAUGAUGCAAUUUAAUAAUGCACCAUCCAAUUAUAGUCUUGUUUUGGUUGCGCAUGAUUUGCAUUUUCUUAAAGUUCUAUAAACCAGACAGGAAAAAGGUUUAAUAUGAUAUAAAAUGAUGCAAAAUGAAGCAUAUUGGUCAUUUUUAAUGUUCAAUAAAUGUUCAAUUUAUUAUUUAGUAUUUUAUUACUAAUAAUUAUAUUUUUCAAAGAUUUUUUAUUUAUUUAUUUUAUUUUUUUGAAGUAGAAAUACCUGUGUUUUUGGCUUGGCAAAUAUUGGCAAUGUUUAAUGUUCAAUAAAUUAUUACAUUAAUAGUAAUUGUUUAGAAUUAUUUUAUUAUUAAUAAUAUUUUAAGAAAUGUUUUUAAGUAGAAAUACCUGUUUUUUUGACUUGACGUGAAGCAUAUUGUCAAUAUUUAAUAGUUGACAAAUUGUUACAUUAAUUAAUAGUAAUAUUUAGAAUCGAUUUUUAUUAAUAAUAAUAAUUAUAUUUUUAGAAACAUGUUUAUUUGACCUUUUUUAAAAAUAGAAAUACCUGUUGUUUUGACUUGACGUGAAGCAUACUGACGAUGUUUAAUGUUCAACAAAUUAUUACAUUUAAUAGUAAUUUUUAGGAUUUCUUUAUUAUUAUUAUUAUUAUUAUUAAUUAUAUUUUUAAAAGAAAAAUGUUUACCAUUUUUUUAGAAGUAGAAAUACCUGAUUUUGGCUUGAUGUGAAGCAUAUCCUGAUGUUUAAUAAAUUAUU